AUGUCUCUUCUACAGUUGACCGCUUCUAUCACAAAGGCUGCAGCCGACUUGGACGACGCUACGAACAACGCAGCGAAGGCAUCAGAAAUCGAGUCUAAGGCGAAAACAGCACUCCUCGACGCUGCCGAGCGCUUGGUCCUAGCCUACCGCUCCCCACGGCAAUGGCUCAUUGAUCUGUCUUUCCAACAUUGCGCCACAGCAUCUCUGCAAAUGAUCAUGAAGUAUCGUCUGCACCAUGCCGUGCCAAAGCAAGGAUCAAGGUCUUUUGCUGAAAUAGCUGAAAUAAUCACUACGCCCGAUCAGCCGGGCAAACUUCCGGAGUCCCUGGUAGGACGUUUGCUGCAACAUGCAAUGUCCUUCGGCCUCUUCACACCAGCUGCCAGCGGGCGGGUCGCUCACAACGAUGCGUCGCUUCUGUUGGUCACUGAUCCUGACUUGGAGGCAUGGGUGUACCUUUGCUCGAAUGUUGCCUACCCUGCUGGUGCACAGCUUCCGAAAGCUAUCGAGCAAUACGGUGCAAGCUCAGAACCGAGCGAGACGGCCUACUCCGUGUCGAUUGGAAGACGCAUCUCACAAUUCGAACGCUUUCGUGAGCCGGACGGCCAUGCAGAGCACGAGAUGUUCGCUCGAGCCAUGAAAGGGAUCUCGGCAGGUGGCGCAUACGACGUCGGGCACGUUGUCGAUGGUGGAUAUCCAUGGCACGAGCUUCCCGAAGGAACCUUGGUAGUUGAUGUUGGAGGCGGCCCAGGCCAUGUAGCCAUCGCACUAGCGCGCAAAUACCCCCAGCUGCUGUUUGAAGUUCAAGAUCUAGUAGAGACAGUCGAAUUCGGCGCGAAGAACUGUCCCAAGGACCUGCAGCAUCGGGUUUCUUUCCGCGCACAAGAUUUUUUCAAGCCCCAGCCACAACGGGAAACCGAUUCGCGCACAAUCGUGUACUUUGCAAGGUUCAUCCUCCACGACUGGAGUGACAAGUACGCCGGUCAAAUCGUCGAGCCUCUUGCACAGGCCAUGAGACCGCAGGAUCGUCUGAUUCUGAAUGAAGUCGUCGUUCCCGAGCCUUCGGUGGAGCAGCGAAUCGAAAGAAAGAGCCACGAUCGCGACCUGCUUAUGCUGAUGAACCUGAAUGGCCGCGAGAGGACUCUAGUCGCCUUUGAAGGAUUAUUUGAGGUGGUGAGCCCAAGACUUCGGGUGGAGAAGGUCCAUAAGCCUACGACAGGGGGAGAGCUGUCUCUAAUUACAGCGUCGGUCGAUAAGCUGACAGGCAGGAAGAGCGCAGGUGGCGAUAUCUUCGGCGCGAACGUGGACGAAGCAUAA